AAAUAGGGAUUGUCGCGUCUGUCACAUAAUAAAAUUAUAAAUUUCUGGAAUUCUGUACAACAAAUUAUUCGACAUUAUGUGGGAUGAAGACCUGGUUACUAUUGCUCUGCCAACAAUGUCUACUAUUAUUUUAUUUGUAGUCACGGUAAAUUUCUUCAAAUACCUCAUGAAUGGUCCUCAUAUUCAGAUUAGAGAUGUUACAAAGGAACAUAAUUGGAAGGCAAUUCGCGAAACAGCUAAGGCAUAUUACUGUAGUAUUUGUGAGGCUUUACUAUUGAACCUUGAUGCUCUUUUCUGUGAUUCUUGUGGCGUGUGUGCGGAUCGAGGUUGCAUAAAGCUUGCCGAUAAACGGCUAAAAUGCAAAGCGAUAACCUUCAAUAAUGAUCAACUGAUGAAGCAUCAUUGGAUUAAAGGUAAUUUGCCACUUGUUGCCAUAUGUUACAUCUGUGAAGAAGAGUGUGACGUAGAGCCCGGACUUAUAGACUGGUGGUGUUGUUGGUGUCAGAGAUGUGUUCAUAAAACAUGCAAAUCUUCUCUAUCUGAAAUAUGUGAUUUUGGAAAGUUCAAAUUAAUGAUUAUUCCACCGGGAAGUUUAGAAGUAAUAAAUCGACGUAGCACAAUGAGAUGCAGAUUACAUCUUCGUUCUGUCACACCACCAAAUUGGCCUAAUUGGAAUCCAAUCAUUGUUGUAGGAAAUAGAAAAUCAGGAAACAAUGAUGGAGGCCAAAUUUUGUCUCUAUUUAGAAGAUUGUUAAAUCCUGCGCAAAUCGUAGAUUUAGCAGACCGUGAUCCAGUCGCUGCCCUCGAAUGGUGCCGUUUGUUAGGGAAAACUCCAUCCACUAUACUCGCAGCCGGCGGCGAUGGAACCGUCGCUUGGUUAUUAAACACCAUCAACAAACUUGAAUUAGAGCCUGUUCCAUCUGUAGCAAUAAUCCCUUUGGGGACAGGCAACGAUUUAUCUAGAGUAUUAGGAUGGGGAAAGGAACACGAUUCGUAUUUAGAUCCCAUGGAACUAUUACGGAAAGUUCAAGCAGCGGAGAAAAUAAAACUUGAUAGAUGGUCAGUGACGAUAAAACCAUUCGGCGGACUAGGAUUCAGAGGAUCGUAUCAUAAUUUAUUCAUGUACAAUUACAUAAGCGUGGGCGUGGACGCACAAGUGACUUUAGAUUUUCAUCGCACAAGAGAGAGUCGCUUUUAUCUGUUUAGUCAUAGAAUAUUUAACAAGCUAUUAUACUUGUGCUUUGGCACGCAACAAGUCGUGGAAAGGGAAUGUAAAGAUCUCGAUAAAAGUUUAGAAGUCUAUUUAGAUGACAAAAAGGUAGAACUGCCUUCUAUUGAGAGCAUAGUGAUACUUAACAUUCCAUCUUGGGCUGCUGGUGUCGAUCUAUGGAAAAUGGGAAUGGAAGACAAUGAAGGUUCGGAAGUACAAAGUAUUAACGAUGGCAAAUUGGAAGUAGUUGCACUUUAUUCUUCAUUCCACAUGGCUCAGCUCCAAGUAGGCCUUUCGAAACCACAUCGAAUUGGUCAAGCUAAUACCGUAAAGAUAAUAUUAUCGCGGCCAUGCGCCAUGCAAGUAGAUGGUGAGCCCUGGUACCAACAUCCAUGCGAAUUCAACAUAACAUACAGCAAUCAAGCUUCUAUGCUGAGAAGCGAUUGUUAAAUACUUACUGCGUGAUUUUAUAGAAAACAAUUUGCACAAAUGCAUUUAUUCGUGCGUUAUUGGGCGAGUAUCAGUUAAUGUUUGCCAAAUAUGUGAACAGUUUAGCUCGACAAUUAAAAUAUUGAAGUGU